UUCCCCUCCGGACACAGGAAAGACCAGCCGCUCCCUCUGCCCUCCCCCCUUCUACUUCCCCUCCUCUCCGCCCUAUAAACCUGCAGCCGCCGACUGUGCCGCGACAAACCCCCGGCAGCAGGGAGAGAGGAAUCAGCAAACUGCAACUCCUCGAUCGGGAUGGACAGCAAUCAGACCGUGGCCAGCGGCUAUUGCCACCCUGACGUCUACACGUACCGCUAUUUCGGGGCGACGCUGGGGAUCGUGGUGACCCUGGUGGGGACAGUGGGCAACGUGAUGACCCUGCUGGCCUUCGCCACCGACCCCCGCCUCCGUUCCCGCUUCAACUUUCUCAUCCUCAACUUGACCGUAUCUGACCUGCUAUACUGCGCCUUCCUGCAGCCCGCCACGGUCGAUACCUUUAUCCACUUCACCUGGAGGGGCAGCGCCUUCGCCUGCCGCCUCUUCGGUCUUGUCCUCUUCGUGGCCAACGCCGUUUCCAUCUUCAACCUCAUCCUGAUCGCUGUGGGCCGCUACAUCCUCAUCACAGACUCCCGCCGCUUCGACCGCCUCUCCUCGAAUCGCGUACUCCCCUUCAUCCUGGCCCUGCCCUGGGCCCUGGGGCUGGCUCUCUUCGGCCCCCUCUGGAACAUCUACGUCUUCCUGCCGGCCGUCUGCACCUGCUCCUUUCACCGCUCCAGGGGGAGGCCCUACACAACCAUCCUGAUGUUCUUCAUGUUCGGCUUCGGCCUCAGCUGCAUCGGCAUCUUCUACUACCUCAUCUAUCGCAAGGUCCACAGCGUGUCACAAGCACUGGAGGAGCACCGGCGGGAGGACCGGGUUCGGCCCAAGGUCCAGAGAGCCCAACCCCAUGGGGCCGCAUCCUCCGACAGCGGGUUGGCCGUGGACGAGGAGGACCCCAGCCGCUCCCAGGUCACGGAGGGGACUAGUGUGGCGGCGUGGGAGGGGCCGUCCGAGCCAGGGACGGUCUCCCAGUCCACUGCCCCUACCCCCACCCCUGACCCUCCCUCCGUGUCUGCUGGCGGUGGAGAAAAAGAAAAGGGGGCGGUCUCCUCGUCCAAGCGGAAUGGGAGCCGGGAGUUCCAGAGGGUAACCCGCAUGUGCUUCGCCAUGUUCCUGAUCUACGUGGCCUGUUACUUCCCCUUCUGUAUCAUGCACGUGGCAGAUGGGAAAAAACGGGCCCCCAUCCUCCUGCAUAUGAUCGCCGGUAACUGCACCUGGUUGAACAGCUGCCUCAACCCCCUGCUCUACACAGUGAUGAACCGCCAGUUCCAGACCGCCUACCUCGGGGUGCUGAGGCGUGCUGCUGGCCUGUUCACCCGCUGCUUCUGCUCCGGGAGGUCUUAGUGGGGAGAGGGCCAAGCAGCCGAGACGUGGAGUCAUCUGGUCAUAGAGUCACCGUGACAUCAAGUCUAGGUCAUUCACUCCUGAAGACAUGGGGUUAUUGAAUCAUUGGGCCAUUGAGCCCGGGAGUCACCAAGGCGGGGUCCUGGAAUUCUAAGGAUCCCAGGUCAUUGAGUCCUAACAUAAGGAUGUCAGAAACAGGCACAGGAGUCGGCCAUCAGCCCAUCGAGUCUGCUGUGCCACUCAAUAAGAUCAUGGCUGAUCUGGUUGUGGACUCAGGGUCACCUGCCCUUUCCCCAUAGCCCUUAAUUCUCCUGUUAUACAGAAAUCUAUCUAACUGUGAGAUAGCCUCGACUGCUUCCCUGGGCAGAAAAUUCCACAGAUUCACUACACUCUGGGCAAUCUUUCCUUCGCUCCAUCUGAAAUCUGCUUCCACAAACUUGUAAGACAUAGAAGCAGAUUUAGGCCACUCAGCCUAUCACAUCAGCUCUACCAUUCUAUCAUGGCUGCUGUAUUAUCCCCCUCAACUCCAUUCUCCUGCCUUCUCCCCAUAUUGGAUGCUCUUACUAAUCAAGAACCUAGCAACCUCAGCUUUAAGUGUACCCAAUGACUUGGCCUCCACAGCUGUCUGUGGCAAUGAAUUUCACAGAUUCACCAACCUCUGGCUAAAGAAAUUCCUCCUCAUCUCUGCUAUAAAGGGACAUCACUCUAUUCCGAGAUUGUGCCCUCUGGUCUGAGACUAGUUCUAGUUAUGGUCCCACUUGUCAGUAGAAAUGUUUUUUCUCCAUUUCUUAUCUAACCAUUUCAUAAUUUUGUAUGUUUCUACAAGAUCCCUUCUCAUUCUUCAAAUUCUAGUGUGUAGCCGCAGGUGAUGCAAUCUUUCCUGAUAGAGGAACACCACCACCUCCUGAAUCAAUCUGGGGAACCUCCUCUGCACUGCCCUGGAAUGGUCGAGUCUUGUAGUCACACCAUCGUCAAGAUAUUCAGCUCCAGACUCUCAGUCCUGGUGUUAGAGAGUCACGGAAACAGACCCUUCCACCCAGUUGAUCUAUGCCAGUCCCAUUUGCUCAAGACACAAGAGAUUCUGCAGAUGCUGCAAAACUUGAGCAACACACACAAAAUGCUGGAGGAACUCAGCAGGUCAGGCAGAAUCUGGGCAGGGAAUAAACAAUGCCUGGGUCAUGUCCUGAUGAAGAGACCCUACCGAAAAAGUCGACAUUCAUUUCUCUCUAUAGAUGCUCCCUGACCUGCUGAGUUCCUCCAGCAUUCUGUGUAUGUUACUCCAAUUUGACCACAUUGGGGCCAUAACCCUCUAACUCUCCCCUAUCCAUGUACCUGACCAAAUGACUUUUAAAAGUUCUUAUUGUACCUGCCUUAACCACCAUCUCUGGCAGCUUGUUCCAUACACAGUAGAUACCACCAUUUGUGUAAAAAAGACAUGGUCCCUUUUCACCUCUACACACAGUGUCAAAACACGCAUAUGAAAUAAAGUUUUUAAAUGUU